GUCCAAAAACAUGGCGGUUUAGGAAGCAAGUCGAACGUGUUAUCGAGAAAAACUCUGCAAUUUCUGCGGAAAUUCUGACCUUACGGCAACAUUUCACGGCAACUUAGGCGCCUAGUCAUGUCCGACGAGGGAAUUUUAAUCGACUUCGGCAGUGAGAGCGGUCCUAACCCGCCCGGAGCCGGGCAAGGCGUCGGCGGAAGUGCAAGAGUCGGUUCGAGUCAGGCUUUCUUGGGGACAGAUUCUAGCAGAAAGCCCGAGACGCCCCCGACAAAUCUUCUGGACGACUUCGGGUUUGAGACGGCUCCAAGCGCGAUGCCAGGCCCGACAGGAUCGUACCAGGACUUCGAACCAGACGACGAAGAGAUGCAGAAAGCGGCCGAGCGAGAUCUUGAAGAAGCUGCUAAGGAGGCAGAGGGAGGGGCGAUCGGGACCAUCCCCCGUCCUACCGACCUGCCCCUCCCCCCUGCACCCCCCGCUCCAGUGGCGCGACCCAUCCCUGUAGAAGACUUCAGUGAUGUGGCCAAACACUCCAUAGUAGAGCUGGCCGGUGAUGACAGUUAUGGUAGGAAGGUGAUCAUAUUCAGCUGCUGUAGAUUACCUCCUAGUAAGGAACUGGACCAUCAAAGACUUCUGGGGUACCUUCGCCAGACCCUGGACCAGUAUGUGGAGAAUGACUAUGUCCUGGUGUACUUCCACUACGGACUUAACAGUCAGAACAAGCCCAACUUCAAGUGGCUCGUGCAGGCUUACAGGGAGUUUGACAGGAAAUACAAGAAGAACUUGAAGGCCCUGUAUAUCGUCCAUCCAACCAACUUUAUCAAGAUUCUCUGGAAAAUCUUUAAACCUAUAAUCAGUGUGAAGUUUGGGCGGAAGAUCAUGUAUGUGAACCUACUGAGUGAACUGAAGGAACAUCUGUACUUCGACCAACUGGAGGUCCCACAGCCUGUGCUAGAACAUGACAAGAGACUACUGGAGAGGAACAAGCCGAAAUCGACCAGUACGUUUUACCGCCAGUCACCGGACGCUACAGAUGAACAACCUCGCCCAACGCAACAGUUUGGAGUCACCCUGGAAUUUCUGAAGAUCCACAACCAAGGAGAGCCUCUACCUAAAGUCAUGCGAGAGACUACAACAUACCUCAGACAACAUGGUGUGGAGGUUGAGGGAAUCUUCAGAAGAUCUGCUAAUGCGAAGAUGGUGAAGGAAGUGCAGAAAAUGUAUAAUGAAGGCAGGACAGUGAACUGGACGGAGCUGGGAGACCCACACCUCGCUGCCGCCAUCUUGAAAACGUUCCUCCGCGAGAUGCCGGAACCUCUGAUCACCUUCCAACUGUACGACGAGGUCAUGAGAAUACAUGGAGAGUUGGAUGGCAAUGACAGACUGAUGGCUACUAAGGAACUGAUCAGUGGAAAGCUGCCGGAGCUCAACUACGUUGUCCUCAAGUACCUGGUGGACUUCCUUGAAGAGGUCAUUCUGUACAGCGAAGAAAACAAGAUGACCGCCCAGAACCUGAGUAUCGUGUUCGGGCCCAACCUCCUCUGGUCGACCAAUCAGGCGGCUUCGCUGACGUCGCUCGGACCAAUCAACGUGUUCACUCUGAGAUUGUUGGAACACCAUCAGGAACUGUUCAUCAGGGAUUGGUCCACAUCGCCCUAGGAUGUAACAUUGGGUAGUCUUGUUAUUAUUUUGUUUUGUUUGUUUACUUGUUUGUUCAUUCAGACAUGUAGAAGGAUUUGUUUGGCCUCAGCCAAAAACGUGUACGAUAUGCUGCUUUCAAUCUUUGUUAUUUCGUUGUAUUGUAGCCUGGAUACCAUCCGAAAUUUUUUCGAUCGGUGCAGAGCAAAAAUCUGGAUGGUACCCAGGUUACAUGGACUGUUUUGGAAACUGCAUAAAACUGGAAUAAUUUGCAUGAUAACAAGCAUAAUUUGUCCCCGAAGAAAAAGAAGAUGAGAUCCAAAAUAUCUGGUGAUAAGUCCUCAUACAGUUUGUACGCUUCCCCUUAGGGUUUGCAUUGAAAUGUGCACAAUUUUUUCUGCAGUCCAUAGAAUAUUAGUUGGUUUGCAGGGAGUAUUUGAGACACAGUGUUGUCAAACACAAAUGUAUGUUAAGAACCUAUGUGUAUAUUGUAUGUUGCAUAUAAAAAUGUUUACAUUUGUUUUUUUAUGCAUAUAAGGAAAUGUUUCGAACAGAUAUGUAUGUUUAUUUCUAAAAAGUAGAGAAAGAAAGUAAGAUAAAAUUUAAAAGUUGGGUGAAAUCAUUGC